UGCUUUGCACUAAACAUUCAAUUAUGUACGAGGGGUAAUACUUUUGAAAUUAAAAUCCAAAAGCGAGUUUAUCAUGGUAUCGAAAACCAUCAACGGUCUUAGGCGCGAGAUGAGACCCCUGGUUCUAAAGUGCAUGCCGUACUUGGUGAUGUCGUACUACUUCAUGGAAGUCCUGUAUUCAGUGGUCAACACUCCACUGGUGGGCAGGGAAAGAGCGAUUGUGAUGGACGUGAACGAGUUGUUCGGGCACUUCUACACCUCCUUCGAUGUGCUGCUGACCAUUGGCGCCAUCCUUCUCAUCCUGGGCACGCGAAAGGAGGCGAGUGGAGUCACGCUGCUGCUCAUCGGAAGAGUGGUCCAUCGGCUGUUCUUCUCGAUAUGGACCAUGUUCUUCUACUUCCUCUUCAACGACAGCCUGGACGUGGGCUCCCUUCUGCUGCUGAUGGCGGCCAAAAUCAAUUUGAGGGACCAGCAGGAUUGGUGCCACUCGAAAUACCAUCUCUUAUUGCUGGGCGGUAGGCUCGGCCUGUCCAGCUUGUUCAUCAUUUGGAUGGACGAGGGCGUGGAGACACUGUUCAGCAUCGUGUCGUUUGGCCUUUUGGUUUUCGUUUCGCUUGGCUUCCACUGCAAACUGUUUGCCUUUCUGUCGGUGGUUGCGCUGUUAUAUCACGAUGUCUUCAGUAAUCAUUGGAGCAUGUUGGAGCAUGGCUGGAACGAUACGCUGCUGUCGAUACAAUACUUCUCCCUGCUGUUCUGCAAAAUUGGCGGACUCCUUAUGCUCACGGAGCUGGGUGGAGGCAGGUGGUCGGUGGAUGGGUUCCGGAACAGAAACGGCGAGAAAUGGGAGAAAAAAGCCAACUACCGGAUCAUUAAGACCCAGACGUCGGCCUAGUAAUCGUUAUCCAUCGGAUUGCCUAACGUCCUUUCAGCCUUUAAGGGAUUUGCAUAAACUUUAAUGGGAGAUACUUUCCCAGCGUCUAA